GUGCGUAUGGCUCACCGGGCUACACGAGCUGAGGAGGCACGUCAAAAUAAAAGAGGGAGAAAAGUGGUCGGGAAAAGUAUUCAGCUCCACUCUCCUCGCGAAUUCCAUCAAUUUUCCCUGGACUGCCGUGAAAAAGUGUUAAUUAAUCUCAUUGAAUUACAAGAGGAAUCUCGAGUGAAUAGUUUUGCGUGCAGAAAAUGUUCACAAAUUGAGUGGAAUGUGCUGAAAAAUUGCCCUUUUUUACUUAACCUUUUUCUGACAUUGAAAAAAAGUGUCGCAACGCGUGAAAGGGGUUGCAGAAAAUUGAUGAAAAGUGCGUGAAAAGUGAAAAUAGCCGUGGUGUGACAACGUGGGGGAUCCGCCACAGACAUUCGCCAAAAUAGGUAAAAGUGAAAAGAUGGCCAAAGAUGAGGAGGAGGAUGACUUCUUGCCGGACAAAGAUGCCGCCAAGGGCUUCUAUGCCAAAUACGAACCGAAGGAGAUCCUGGGCAGAGGCAUCAGCUCGACAGUCAGGCGGUGCAUUGAGAAGGAGACUGGUCGGGAAUUUGCCGCCAAGAUCAUCGAUUUGGGUGCCGAAGGAGCCACAGAGGCGUCAGCUCAUCAAAUGUUGGACGCCACACGACAGGAAAUCUCCAUUUUGCGCCAAGUGAUGGGGCAUCCGUACAUCAUUGAACUGCAAGAUGUCUUUGAGUCGGAUGCCUUUAUCUUUUUGGUGUUUGAACUGUGCAAAAAUGGUGAACUCUUUGACUAUCUCACCUCCGUCGUGACACUGUCCGAGAAGAAGACGCGCUACAUUAUGAGACAAGUAUUUGAAGGAGUAGAAUAUAUUCAUGCUGCGAAUAUAGUGCAUAGGGACUUAAAGCCGGAAAAUAUUUUGCUGGAUGACAGUUUAAAUGUGAAAAUAACAGAUUUUGGCUUUGCCAAACAUCUCGAGCCUGGACAGAAACUCUUUGAUUUGUGCGGAACUCCUGGAUAUUUGGCUCCGGAGACGCUCAAAUGCAGCAUGUUUGAAGAUGCUGCGGGAUAUUCGAGAGAAGUUGAUGUUUGGGCGUGUGGAGUGAUAAUGUUUACACUCCUCGUGGGAUGUCCACCGUUCUGGCAUCGAAAGCAAAUGGUGAUGCUGAGGAAUAUUAUGGAGGGAAAGUACAGUUUUACAUCUCCUGAAUGGGCAGAUAUUUCAGAGGAUCCCAAAGAUUUGAUAAGAAAGUGUCUUGUGGUUGAUCCAGAAAAACGUAUUACAGUGCAAGAAGCUCUUCGGCAUCCGUUCUUCAAUACAGUUCUUUUUGAGCAAGACAUUGGAACACUUAAACGAAGUCUAUCGACCAAAUCAAGGAGAUUCAGUCGUAUCUCAGAAAUAGCACUGAAGAGGAGGCAGAGUUUAUUCAAUGCCAGAAAGAAGUUCCUUUAUGCAAUCCUCUGUGUACGGGCUGUUGUGCGUAUCAGACGAUUGAGAUUCACGGUAGAGCCGCUGAAAGUUGAGGAAGCCCUCAAGGAUCCUUACAGGGUUAAGGUGCUGAGAAAGGUGAUCGAUGGCUGUGCCUUCCGGGUUUAUGGUCAUUGGGUGAAGAAGGGCGAAGGCCAAAAUAGAGCUGCACUCUUUGAGAAUAUGCCACGUACAGAGCUGCAUACGCUCUAUAUCAAUAAUCUAAGUCGAUAGAAAAUACAAGAAAUGAAAGCAAGUUUAAUUUAGUUUGCAGCGAAUGAUUAAGAUAAGUCGUAAAGUGCUCAAAGAACACGAAUUGUCCCUCAAUAUUUGUAUCAAUUGGAAUAUCAACUCUCCCUAGCCAUUGAAACGAUAUUUUAGAGAGCAUUAAAUUGUCUUAUGUAAAAAAAAUAUUACAUAUUUAUUACAAAUUUUUACAUUUGAUGUUUUUGUUUUUAUUUAAAAAAAAACAUUUCACGUAUUGUCAAUAAAAACGACACUAAAGAAUUAGGAAUUCCUAGCAUUUAGUGUCCAUUUUGUUACUUUGAAAUUUUGGUCAGCAAACACGAAAUUUUAAUCGGUAAAAAAUCUUAAACCGAAAACUAACUGUCAAAGUCUGACAGCGUUAAAUUUAAAUCGAUUAAAAAAUAAAGAAAAAUCGUUUUUUGACAAAUGAAAAAAUUGAAGUAAAAAGUUCUGAGCCCUUUUGAGCUUUAUUUUCAAAAUUAAAUUCAUAUAAUCCUCUCGUUCAGUAAUAACUCUCCCGAUUUGAGAGCUCUCCCCGGUUGAGGUUUUUCCUUUACCGAUUCGAAGGUACACUACACAGAAAAAAAUGUGUAAAAUUCUACUACUAUAAUAGUGCAAAAUCGACCAUUUUAGUUGCUUAAUAUAAAAAUGUUUAAAAAGUACACAACAUUUUGGUAAUUUAUUGUCACGUAAUUAUUGUCAUAACAUUUUUUUAACAAUGUUUCGGGAUUUAAAACUGUUGAAAAAAUCUAAAAAUUACCACUAUUAUAGUAUGAUUAUAGUUUUUCACAUUAUUAUAGUGUGAAAAAAUACACAACUUUAUGGUAUUUUUUUUGUCUGUCAGUUGUUGAAUUUUUAAACAAAAGUUGUGUAAAAAUUAUUGAUUUUCCAUUUAAGACUUAUACUUCAGUCGAGAUGUUUUUCAUUGGGCAAAAGUCAUAUAGAACAUCAAAUAUUUAUAUGCAUAAUAAGUAGAACGUGAAGAUCCGAGCAUCAGAUGUAAUCAUUCAUCAUUACGGGGAGAUCCCGAGUACAGGAAGAAACAUUAUAAAUGUCUAAAAAGGCAAAAUAUCAAAAUCUUCGAAAUGAAAUGAAAAUUCAACAUAAACAGAAUUCAACAAUUUUUGAGUUUACACAUAAAAAUUCAACAAUUCCGAAUUCAACAUCUUGAAAUUCAACAACUUUAAAUUAAACAAUUUUAAAUUAAAAACUUUUUUUUAAAUUUAACACUAUUAAUAGUAGUGUGGAAGAUUACACACUAUAAUAGUGUUAAUUUCUUUUACUGUGUAUAUCAGAAGGAACUUGCCUAAAACCCCGUUGGAAGUUCGAAAAUUUAAAUCGACGAGUUGAACAAAAGUGAAAGAGUUCAUGAAAGGACAGUUAUUUUAAUGAAAUUGCAAUACAAACGAUCUGCCAUUCUGAAAUUCUACAAAACUACGAAAACUCACUUUUUGCAACAAACGUUUACACAUUGUUUCUGACGUUUUUGACAAAUGAAGUGUCAAAACGUCAAAGUGUGUGAAGUGUCAAAAAUGUCAAAGUGUGUUCGAUUUUCGAAUAAGUUUGGCUUGGCUUUGGAGUGACUUUGUCCUCUUCGGAAGGUUAUUACUGUCCACAAUGAAUUAGGAUCGUUAAGACAUCAAAUACGCGCCAUUUUGUUCGAUAACUUUCGUCUAUUUUAAUAAAUAUUUUAUAAUUCCUCGUUUGAAGAAGUCAUCAUCCCUAUUGGUAAAAAACAUGACUAGACCAUUUUCACAAGCCUUACUUGAGGGCAGUUUUGUGCCAUCAAGAAAAUUUUGCAAAUGCUUGUAAAGGUGAUAAUCAUUUGGUGCCAGGUCUGGACCGACUACGACGAUCACCAAAAGGUUUCAGAGCUUCUGGAACGUUGAAUUCCUACCUUGGUCGAUCAUCUCAGUUCAAUUUUCAGUUUGUUCUUAAUUUUGAUGAGCUAAAAUGAAAUUUUGAUCAGCAAAAGAUCUUAAACCAAAACUCAUUUCUCUUAAUCAGUGUAAAACUACCGCUAUAUUUUUCUGAAAUUCGUUUUCUGUCAAUGUCAAAAUUGUCUUAUAAUUUUUACCAAAGGUCUAAAUGUUUAUUUUUCAAUAUUUUACAGAUCCAAUUUAAUUAUUUUACUGUUUAUAUUCAUUUAAGCUGUGCAAAAAUUGCAUUCUUUUAAUUAAUUUUACUUCCAAAUCUGAAAAAAAAAACAAAUUAAAAAAAAGUAUAAAAACUUAUAAGAAAAAUAUUAUACAUCUUAACCGUGAUUACCCUGCCUCUAACGGCAAUUAGGAGAACUCUGAUUGUUCUGAGAUGCUUCACAGUAUACGAUCACAUUACUUAAUACAAAAAUAAUCCCGGAAAUUAAAUUAUUAUUAUUAUUUUUUAUUUAUAGCAUUCAAAAUUUUUAAAUUUUCUUAUUAAACAAUUUUGAGGAAUACGUCGAUCAUUUCCAUGAACAUUGUUCUAAGUUUAAAUAAAUAAUAAUAAAAUAUAAAUAGAAAAAUUAUUUGUAGGAAUGUUCAAUUAACACGAAAUUGUACCAGUUAGUGCUUAAUGAGGGUUUAAAUUUAAAAUAUCUCACUUAACUUUGAAUACUAUUCUUGGGGAUGAUCGGUAAUUUUUUAACGACAAUUUAAUGCUCUAAAAAAGUAACUUUUAAAUGCAAGUUAUUCGAUAUUACUCAUUUAAAAAAGAAAAUGGCAGGAAGAGUUAAAUGAAAAAGAGACUGAGAAAAUUGUUAAAAGAGGGAAGCCAGGAAAGUGGAGGGAUGUUCGGACCCUAACAUAAACAUCUCAUAAUGUUUUUAUGAAAUAUUUAUAGGUCACUAUCAGUAAUUUAUUUAAAACAAAAAGCCAAGAUUAAAAGACAGAAGAAGCGAAAAUAUCUUCUUAUUGUGCUAAAAUACUUAAAACAAAAUCAUUGUCAUGUUUGUUUUUUUGUGUGUUUUCCUUUCUCAUUCAGUCAAACAUUUUCAUUCGAAUUUCCCCUAAUUAAGAAAAAAAUUAACUUGAAGCCAAAAAUAACAGCGAAAAUUAAUCUUUUCAAGUCAUAUUUAUGGAAUUUAUAUGCAAUUUUUAUUUUAAUUCCCAGUUUUAAGAAUUACAUUUAUCAGUGUCUUAAGUCUGAAAUGUAUUUUUCUUAACAAAAAAAAAAACAGGAUCAGAAAGAAUUAUAAUGAUCUUAGUUUAAUGUAUUUGCCCCAGUUUUCAAUUAUUUACCUCCUUUUUAUUUUAUUUUAUUUUUUUGUAUGUGUAGAGAGCAAGGAAGCGUUUUUAUCAUUAAAGUGAAUUUUCAUUGUUA